AUGAAUCUGAAGGGUGUCUCUGUGUUUCGCCCUUUCGUCUUCGGCAGCGAAGCCCAACCUUUCGAUCCCGCGAAGAAACCCCCCCACGUACCCGCCGACCACACGCAUCAAUGGCGCGUCUUCGUCAAAGGCGUCAAUGGCGAAGACAUCUCCUACUGGCUGAAAAAGGUCCAGUUUAAGCUGCAUGAGACGUACGCGCAGAAUGUCCGGACGAUCGAACAGCCCCCCUUCGAGGUGACGGAGACCGGGUGGGGUGAAUUUGAGAUCCAGAUCAAGCUCUAUUUCGUGCCGGAAUCCAACGAGAAGCCCCAGACGCUGUGGCACAGCCUGAAGCUGCAUCCCUACGGCGACGAUGCGGAGGGUAAGAAGGAACGCCGGGAGAUGGUGACGAGCCAGAAUUACGAGGAGGUGGUCUUCAACGAGCCGGUGGAGCAGUUCUACGAGCUCCUGACCGGAGGCCCCGCGACGGGGGCCACGCAGCCGCAGAAGGGGAAGGGCGGCAAGAACACCAAGCAGACCCAGCAGCAGAAAAACGGCCGGACGGCGGAGAUCCCGCUCAACAAAACUCCGGGCAACGAAUACAGCAAAGCGGGGGAGGCCAGUGAGAUGGACCGCCUGGCGGAGGCCAACAAGACGGUGGAACAGAUGAUCAAGCAGGAGAAGGAGAGGCUCAUCGAGCGCGAGAAGAGACUCGCCGAGUUACGCGCGAGCGAGGGCGUGCCAGCCAUUACCAAGAAACGCUAG